CACAUUGGAGCCACCGAGGCACCACGCAGCAUGCCCCGGGCCCUGCUUCUCCUGCUCGGCCUCCUGGGCGCCGCCCUGGCCAGCCCCACCUCUGGCCCCCAGGAGUGUGCAAAGGGCUCAGCAGUGUGGUGUCGGGACCUGCAGGCAGCAACAAGGUGCGGGGCCGUGGGGCACUGCCAAAGUGCCGUCUGGAGCAAGCCCACCGCCAAGACCCUGCCCUGCGACGUGUGCCUGGACGUGGCAGCCGCCGCCAGCAGCGGGCUGAACCCCGACACCACGGGGACCGACAUCCUGGCUUUGGUGAUGAAGACCUGUGAGUGGCUCCCCAGCCAGGAGUCUUCAGCCAAGUGCAAGGGCAUGGUGGACACCCACCCCUCAGCCGUCCUAAGCAUGCUUGGUGGGGCGCCGGGCAGCACCCCGGCUCAGGUGUGUGCUGCGCUCACCCUCUGCCAGCCACUACAGGGGCACCCGGCCACCCCAGGGCUUCUCUCUGAGAAGGACGUGUCUGACGUGGUGGCCCCAGUCAUGGCCAAUGGGCCCCUCAGCUUCUACCCUCCACAGAUUCCAGAGAGUGUUGUGUGCCAGGACUGUGUCCAGCUGGUCACCCAGCUCCAGGACGUGGUGGGGUCCAACUUGUCCAGCUUGGCAGAAGUGACCACGCAGGAGCAGUGUGAGUCCCUGGGGCCGGGCCUGGCUCUCCUCUGCAAUAACUACCUCCGCCAGAUUUUUGCCCCUGCUGAGCAAACGCUGAGGCUUGUCCCGCCACAGGAGACCUGCAGGAAGGGGGGCUUCUGUGAGGCACUGAAGGAACCUGCCCGCCUGGCUCACGUGGCUGCUGUGGACGGCAUCCCUUCCCUGGAGCCAGUGUCCCCGAGGAAGAAGAGCGUGGUCCAGAUGAAGGCCAGCCUGACCUGUGAGGUGUGUCUGGAAGUGGUCCAGGAGCUGGACCAGUGGCUGGAAUCCAACAGCACGGAGACCAUGAUCAGCCACGCCCUGGAGCGCGUGUGUUCAACGACGCCGGCUUCCUUGGUCCAGCAGUGCGUCACCUUGGUGGACACCUACAGCCCCUCCUUGGUGCAACUCGUCGCCAGAGUCACCCCAGAAAAGGUGUGCAAGGCCAUCCGGCUGUGUGGGAGCAGGCGGCGGGCCCGGGCAGUCCACGAGGCCCUUGCAACCAUGCCGUCCCCCCUGCUGGGCAAGGAGAACCAGGGUAGCAUCUGCGAUGGGUGCAAGAGGCUGCUUGGCGUGUCUGCCCACAACCUGGAGCGUGAGAUCACCAAGCGCAAGAUCCUGACGGCCUUCCGGGGCGGCUGCAGCAUCCUGCCACUGUCCUUCCUGAUGCAGUGCAGACGCCUCAUCAAUGAGUACGAGCCCCUGCUCGUCGAGAGCCUCAUGGAGAUGAUGGACCCCGUGGCCCUGUGCACGAAGAUGGGCGCCUGCCAGGCCCCCAGGACGCCACUGCUGGGCACGGACCAGUGCGUCAGGGGCCCGAGCUUCUGGUGCAAGAGCCCGGAGGCGGCCGAGAUGUGCGGUGCCGUGGAGCACUGCCAGCGCCACGUGUGGAAAGAGACGCCCUUCCGUGUGGGAGAGCAAGCGUGA